GGGCUCAAUUUUCGAUCAGAGUUUCCAUUGAAUUUUCGGCAUCGAAUUUUGAAUACCAAACAUUUCCCCUUUCGGCUCUACUGUCAGCUGCGGCGCCUGCUUAGUUUUCAAAUAGUUGCCGUCUGCUUGAUAUGCAGGGCGUUGUGGGGUUGGUCUAGAAUCACCUGGGACGGGCCACAGUGAGCCAACUAUAAAAGUUAAAGCUCCAUAUACGAUCGGCAACAAAGCGUCGCAGCAACUCACACGAUCAUGGCACGCUCUCAGCUCUUUGGAUCGCUCCUUCUCCUGGCCUUCUUGGCCGUCAGUUUUGGAGCACAGUUGCCAUUCGGCAGACAGAAGGUGGUGCCCACUCCAUACCCUGCGGCGGCUGAUCUUAAACCGUCUCCACAAGAGCCUGCCCUCACCUAUGGUGCACCCCUGGACUCUGAUGUUGAUCUGAACGUGAAUGCGGAUGCCUUGCCAGAGGAGCAGCUGCCUCGAGUGGAUGACUUUGAGGCGAACCCCGAGUCCGAGGACGUAGACACUGAGCAGAGCUCCUUGGAGGUUACCACCCAAACGGUUUCUUCAACUCCUGCCCGCCUUCGAAGCCGCCAGAGACUGGCCAAGCUCCAGGUGGCCCCCGCCAAGCGCCAUCGUCAGGGGCAACGCACGGCCCGCCUCGAGGAGUUGCCCGUUCAGGAGGCUGUUGCCACCGUUCCGUCACUGGCUUCACAGCAGCUCUUCUAUUACGGAGCUCAGCAUCAACCCUUUGUUCUUGCGUACAGCACAGCUCCGCAGCAAUUUGCAUGGUAAAA